AUGAGUGAACGCGAGAGAGAGCCACUGCUUUCGCGCAGCGAAGCAAUUCAUGAUACCAUUCACGACCCUCGGAAUGCCGCUUAUCGAACGCUUCCUCUUGCCUUACUCGCCUCUCUCGGCAUGGCAGCCACCACUGCCACUAGCAUUUACGCCUACGCUGAUCUCCUUUGCCAGGAUCCGACCGCCUGUAAAGAUGGCGAAGAAGGCGCCUAUGCAGCCGUGGUCGCUAUCGCCAAUGGAAUCGCCCAUGCGGUGGCCAUUAUGAUCCUCGGGCCGCUGGAGCAACUCAUCAAGAAACAUAUACGAGCCGGUCUGCUAAUCUGGAUUGUGUGCCGUGCAGCCAGUGUAUUGUGCCUUGUCAUCGGAGUAUCCAUUCGUAGUGUCACCAUCGCAGUGUCAGGACGCAUUUUCGAGGGUCUCGCGUCAGACAACCUGCUUCAUUUCAACCUCAACACUAUCUAUGUUUCUCUAACUUCGCCAUCAUCUGGUCGAGAAAUGUCGCAGCUCAUUGCCGCUUCCCUUGGACUGUAUAUGCUAGGGACAGCUGUCGGUCCCCUUGCGGUGAGCGUCUUUCAGAGCUACACGGCGAGCUUCACUGCAGCCUUGGUCAUCUUCAGUGUAACGCUGGUAUAUCUGGUCAUCUUUGUCCGUGUACCAGCUACGCAAACUGUGCCCCAGAUGCAACCAUAUUCCAAGAUCCUUUCAAGCCUCAGUGUCCUGCUCUCUCCACUCCGACUAUUCUGCAAUCAACCCCGCGCCAUCCCCUAUGGGCUCUCCCUGCUCCUCUACACCACCGUCCAGGCCCAUCUCUUCCCCGCAAUCAUGGUCUUUGCCUCUAUCCAGCUGCAUUUUGACUCUUUUCAAAACGGCCCGCUUGUAUCCACUGCCGCUACAUGCGCUGCCUUGCACCUUUUAUUCCAAUCGUCCGUCCUGCGCAGUCUGCAACGACUGAGGCCAAAUUCAGACAGAUUCACAGAGUGCACGGCAGUACUCGGAGCACUGGUCAUACAGAUGCUCGCUCUCGCAGCCAUCACCCAAAUACGGAGUGCUGGCCAACUGUACCUGGCUGUGUCAGUUGCAGCAGCCGGGCUACCCCUGCCGGCUUUCUUCAAGAGUCAUUUCGUUUCGUUCAUGCCAGAUGCGUCGCGAGCGAUCACAGCAUUGGCCUUUAUGGAGAAUUUGGGAGGCUUGGUGUCGCCGCUUUUGCUUGGGAGCUGGCAGUUCAUUGCUCCAGGGCCUUCUGUAUUUGCUUUUGCGGUUGCAUUACUGGGAGUGAGUCUAGGAUUGUUUCUUUGGGGAGAAGUAUUGUGCUUUAAUACAUCAACUCCAAAUGCGUAUUAA